AAAUAAUCCUUUCUGGAUGAAAUUAAAAAAAUUAUAACAAUGAAUGAUGUAAUGGAACAAAUUAUUGAGAGUUUAGCUUUUGAAAUAGAAGCAGUACCUAAUAAAAAUAAAGGACAAAAGUCUACUAAUGUAUACAAUGAUCCAAUAAACGUUAAAAUACGAAUACGUAACAAAGACCAAAAUAAAAUUUUAAGACAAGGCGUUAUAUCAAUACCAAAUAAAGAUAAUCCAAUGUAUGGUAAUGAAAAAAUUCAGCUAAGCAAUAGUGAUCAAACAAUUAUGUCUUUUAAUGUUUUGAUGGAACAAGAUGAAUCUACGAAUAAACAACGGAAGCAUAAAAGAAAAUUUAGAUUCUUUAAAAGGGGUAGUUGUUUAGGAAACCAGACCGAGGAAGAUCAAUUUGAAUUCCAAAGAAGAUGUGACAUGGAUAAUGAACAGCUUGUCCCGAUAAAAAGCACUUCAAUAAAUGACAUGAACAAGCGAAACUUUACUUUGACAAAAAUGUAUGGUAACUCUGAUACAAGACGAAUGGAAAAACGUACGCAUAAAGAUAUUUUAGGAGAAUGUAAACCAGGUGGUUGUCUGGAUCCACCAUAUGGCGAAGAUAAAUAUUCCUAUGUACCGAAACUGAUUCAAAUGUCAAGGAUCGAUAAAGACUCUAAUAAACGUAAAUCUAAUGAGGUUGCAUAUAAGAAACCGUUAAAUAAAAAUACAAAUAUAAAAGAAAAGGAUGAAAUUAGUUACGUUUCAGACAAGAAAGACCAAUUGCCUAUUUCUACUAAUAUCAGUUUAUCAAAAGCAAAAAAAUCAAAUUCGAUUAUCACGUAUCCUUCAAUAUCAUCUUGUGCUUCACUAAAUAUAAGUAAUACGCAAAAACUAAUUCAGGACAAUAAUAAUGACAGCAGGCUAUCUCAUACCUCUAGAGAAAAUGUAGAAACAUAUUUCAUUUCACCAAAGAAAAUAAAAAUUAACAAGUUUCGAGAAAGAACCAAUGGCACUGACUUCGGUAUUGAAAAACAUUCAUUUGUCAAACCAUUGUCACUAGAUCAAGAUAUUUUGAAAGAAUCGAAACCGGAAAUAUUAAAAAAUUACGAAAAUACACAUCCAGAAGGAGUUGUUGUCGAUUCUAAAAUGACAAUUCAGAGCAACAAUAAAAGUUUUGAAAAAAACAAAAUAAAUUCAAGAACUCAACUUAGCAGCUUAGCUGAUUUAAGUAGCCUACUGGACACCAAAAUGUCCCUUAACCUAACGAAAAGUGAUUUAACGACAAAAAAUUCAUUAAAUAAUACGAUAGUUAGUGAGCAUCCAGAUACUGAUGAAAGUUCCUUGAAAAUAUCUUUAAAUCCCGUCACCGUGUCCUCAGCAAGUCCAAAAACAAUAUAUAAAGUUGAGAGUGACACAACUAUUCUGUUUACAAAAAAUAAUGUGGGACAAAAUAAAGAUCCAACAAAGGAAAAGUCUAGCUCAAAAGCAUUUCAACAAGAUCAAAGUUUCAUCCCAACAAAAUUAGAUAAUGGAAUUGAAUUGUCGGAACAUGAAAAAGUAACUAACUACAACGAAAACGGAGACGAGCUACAGCCAGAAUUUCCUAUCGAAAGCGAGGAAAGCAUGGAGAGAGAUUUAAAUAGAUAUAACACAUUGAAAAACUAUCCUACCUCAGAAACUACAGACUUAGAUUUACCAAGCGCUCUAGAAACUGGCCAUAGUGAUUUUGUGAACGCCGAUAUUACUGCAAAUAGUAAAAGUAAUGAACCCGUGGAAAUAUUUACAGCAGUUAAUAACAAUUUAGAACAAGAUAACUUUACAAAGAAAAGUAAAUCUGGGACAAAUAUUUCCCUAUCCAUUAAUGAACAUGUAAAAACACCACCGCCAGUGGAACUUCAACAUGUUAUUGAUAAUAGUGAAAUUCAAGCCCAGUUAAGUAUAGAUGAACCGACAAAAUUUCAUAAAAACGAGAAUAUAAUAAACUUAAACGAAGUUUUGUCAACAAAUGAAGUUAAUAUACAAAGAUCACAGGAAACCUUUGUAAAAUUGGAUAAAGAAAAUGAGUCAAUUCCAAUAAGUAACCUUGACACUUCAAAGGACGAUCAAACGAGUGGUUUUUAUGAAACAUCAACCACGCUGAUUGAUGAUGAAAAAAAUAAAAAAGAGAAUACAGAUUUUAUGCAUUCUUUAUCAAAAGACACUAAUUUGAAAGAAACAAUUCAUCUUAACAUGGCAUUUCAAAGCUUCUAUUCUGGUAAGGACGGAAAUGUUAUCAGAACGAUAGAUACAACGAAAUAUGAUGUACAACGUUAUGAAGACGAUAAUAUUUUAAAAUUUAUGACGCUGGUGAAAUUAGGUGACAGUCCUAUAUCAAUACCUAUAGAUAAAGAAAAAAAAUUACUAUUACAAAUUACAAAGGCUAAAGAAAAAGAAGAUGAAAAUCAAGAAAUAACAAAAAUUGAAUCUAUUUCACCUAAACAGAACCCUAAACAUAAAUUAGUUGUAUUUGAUGAAGAUAAAGAUGAUACAUCAGCAAAUAAAGAUUCAGAUAAGAAAAAAUUAAGAGGCAGCAUUAAAAAAUGCAUCACAAAAAAUACAAAAAGUGACGGAAAUUUACAACUAACUUUAGAUAACAUGUAUAACCAGAAAUUGUUACCUCUACAUAAUACUAUUAAACAUUUAAAAAAUGACGUAGAUGGAUUGCUAAAACAACAGUUACUAAUAAAAGAUAAGUUACAUAAUGAUAAAAGAAUACAGUUACAUAAAAUCCCUAAUAAUAAUAAGACAUGCUGUUGUAUAGAACAUAUUUUGUUGAAACACUGAAGAUGACUAGGAAGCUUAGACAAAUACAUUAACAUACGACAUAGUUGCUGUAACUAACAUUGUACC